AUGACGGAAUCCUUAUUUGAUACUAAGUUCACUUCGGAGCCCUCAACGUCUAAUUCAGCUCCGAAGGACGAUUCAUCGCCAGAAAAUACAGACCGAUCUACAACGCUACCUGCCAUAGAUGAUGACAGAAAUGCAGCUGCAUUGUUGAAUUAUAGAGUGUUGGUAAGUGCAAAAGAGUCGGGAUGUUUAAUUGGGCAAAGUGGACAAGUGAUUGACUCAAUCAGGGAAGAGACCCAUACUAAGGCUGGCAUAUCAAAAUUGCAGCCUGGAUCCCAUGAACGAAUCUUGACUGUUAGUGGAACACUUGAUGAUGCAGCAAAGGCUCUUAGUUACUUCGCUCAAGCGUUGUGUAACUCGACUUUCGAACCUUACAAUUAUUUCCCUUUAAAACAGUUGUCAUCAAGUCCUUGCGUUGAGGGCGAAACUACGAUUUUAAGAUUAUUAAUACCAAAUAGUCAGAUGGGUACAUUGAUCGGUGCAAAGGGGGCGAGAAUACAACAAAUUCAAUCUAUAUAUAACGUCUCAAUGAUCGCUUCCAAAUCAUUUUUGCCAGGGUCAAAUGAGAGGUUAGUAGAGUUACAAGGAACUGUGGAUAAUUUAUACGAUGCGUUAAGGGUUAUAUCAAGAUGUUUAAUUGAAGACUUCUCUAGUGUCGUUAAUACAACAUACUAUGUCCCUAGAGGUACCGGUGUCAGGAAUCUCAAGAAGUCCCAUGUUGUUACAACUUCCAUCAGUUUUCCGAAUGAUAUAGUCGGAGCUUUAAUUGGAAGGAAUGGCUCUAGGAUUCAGGGAGUAAGGAAAGUAAGUGGUGCUACAAUUGGUAUAAGUGACGAAGAGGAAGGAAAAACUGAAAGAACAUUUACAAUAUCGGGGACCUCACACGCUGUGGAAAAAGCGAAAGACUUACUAUACCACAAUCUAGAAAGAGAAGAACAAAGAAGAGCAGAGGUUUCUUUAAACAAAUAA